AUGUCUACUCCAACGAGCGCUGCGGACGAUCAGGUGGAGCUAUUCAAGGUGAAAAAGCUCAUCAAGUCCCUCCAAGCGGCGCGCGGCAAUGGCACGAGUAUGAUCUCGUUAAUUAUCCCGCCGAAGCAGCAGAUCCCAUUGGUUGCAAAGAUGCUGGCGGACGAAAUGGGUACAGCGUCCAACAUCAAGUCGCGCGUGAACCGCUUGUCGGUCCUAGGAGCCAUUACGUCCACGCAGCAGCGGCUGAAGCUCUAUAAUAAGUGCCCCCCGAACGGCCUCAUCAUUUACUGCGGCACGAUCAUCACGGACGAAGGCAAGGAGAAGCGCGUGAACAUUGACUUUGAGCCGUUUCGGCCCAUUAACACGUCGCUCUACAUGUGCGACAACAAGUUCCACACGGAAGCGCUGGGCGAGUUGCUGCAGGACAAUGACCGCUUUGGGUUUAUCGUCAUGGACGGCAAUGGCGCGCUCUACGGCGCUGUCUCGGGCAGCAAUCGCGAGAUUCUGCACAAAUUUUCCGUGGAUUUGCCCAAGAAACACGGUCGAGGUGGCCAAUCGGCGCUGCGGUUCGCGCGGCUGCGGAUGGAAAAGCGCCACAAUUAUGUGCGCAAAGUCGCCGAGACGGCCACGCAGCUGUUUAUUACGAACGACCAGCCAAAUGUGUCGAAUCUGGUCUUGGCGGGGUCAGCAGACUUUAAGAACGAACUGAACGGCAGCGACCUGUUUGAUAAACGGCUGGCUGCGAUCGUUGUUAAGGUCGUGGACGUGUCGUACGGUGGCGAGAAUGGAUUCAAUCAGGCGAUUGAACUCGCGGCUGAGACAUUGACGAACGUCAAGUUUGUCCAGGAGAAGAAACUGAUUGUCAGUUAUAUGGAGGAAAUUGCGCAGGAUUCGGGCAAGUACUGCUUUGGAGUGAGUGAUACGAUGAAGGCGCUGGAUCUAGGUGCUGUCGAGACGCUCAUUUUGUGGGAAGACCUUCCGCACCACCGCUAUGUGCUUCGCAACGAGGCUACUGGAUCCGAGUCGGUGAAGAUUCUGUCGCCAUCCGAGGAGACAGUGGACUCGAACUUUGUAGACUCGGAGACGGGUGCCAAGCUAGAGACUGUGGACCGCAUGCCGUUGGUGGAAUGGUUUGCGAACAACUACCAACAGUUCGGUACGACGCUGGAGUUUGUCACGGCCCGUUCGCAGGAAGGCUCGCAGUUUUGCCAGGGCUUUGGUGGCAUUGGCGGCAUUCUCCGGUGGAAGGUGGACUUUAUGGAGAUGGAGUACGAGUUCGAUGACGAUGACGACUUUGACGAGGACGCGUUCAUGUAG